UCUAUCAAAAACAUUUAUAUAUAUAAUUAAAAAAAAUGAAGUGGAGUGUAUCAGAGAAAAACAUGAACAAAUUAGGAGAAAAGGAGCAAAAAAUAAGUAGCAAUUGUUUUGAGUGUCGUCAAAAAGUGGGAAAUAUAAAUAAUAGGCGUUUGUUAGUAAUAAUAAAUGUUUUAGGAAGUGUUGGUCCUUUAAGAAUUGUUGUUAAUGAAGAUGAUCUUGUUGAGAGAGUCAUUGAUUCUGCUUUGAAGUUGUAUUCUAAGGAACAUCGCCUUCCCAUUUUGGUUUCCGAUCCUACCAAGUUUCUUCUAUAUUGCACUAACGUUAGUUCAGAUGCUUUAAGCCCAUUGGAUGAGAUAGGGUCAUGUGGAGGGAGAAACUUUAUGCUAUGCAAGAAACCAGAACAACAACCAAAUAUGACAGAGGGCAGAUCAGAGAUAUUUUCCCACAAAAGAAGUGGCAAAUGGAAAAUAUGGCUCAACAAAUCCUUGAGCUUAAAAAUAUCAUCCCAUUGAAGUCAAGAUCAGGUUGAUAUAUAGAGCUCAGUGGUCGAGUGUUUUACCUCUCGAACUCAAGGCCUUUAAACUUAAAUUAAUCUCAUCUUUCAAACAUUUACCUCUUUACUCACUUUA